AUGGCGUCUUCUGUGAAGCCUUCUUCAAGGUACAGUUCCUACGAUUCACGCUCCUCAACUUCCUCUCACUUCUCCGACCCUUCUUCUUCCCAUGAAUUCGUUCACCCCAAACCCUCUUCUCGUGCUCUCGUCAAAGCUAAACCCUCUCACACCGCCAAGGUGGACCCCACAUUCACCACCAUGGUGAAAAAACUCAUGGAUAAGAAACCCAAAUCAGCGAACACCGCCACUAGGUUGAUCAUUCCCUCCGAUUUCGUUGCCCAAGAUCUGAAAAAGGACGCUAAGAGGGUCACGGGUUUCUCUGCUCUGCAGAAGAAGCUCUUUGGAAAGGGUUCUUCCGAGAAGAAAGAGAAAGUUAAGGCCUUGACGGAGGUGAAGGGUAACACCAGAACACUUGCCAUGGUGCUUAGGAGCGAGAGGGAGCUUCUCAGCAUGAACAAGGAGCACGAGGCGGAGAUUUCUCAGCUCAAGCUUUUGCUUGAGGACAAGAACAAAGAGGUGGAGAAGUUGAAGGAUUUGUGUUUGAAACAAAGGGAAGAGAUCAAGUCGUUGAAGAGUGCAAUACUGUUCCCGGAUGUUAUGAAUUCUCAGCUUCAAGAGCUUCUAGAGAAGCAAGGUUCGGAGUUGAAGCAGGCAAAACAGGUUAUUCCAGCUCUGCAACAGCAGGUUUCUUCUCUCACUGGUCAGCUUCAAAGCCUUGCGGAGGAUCUUGCUGAGGUGAAGGCUGAUAAGUAUUCAGCAAAAGCAGGUCUCCUAGGUUAUGGAAAUUCUCCAAGAACACCAACGCAUGCCCGGGAAGAUGCUUCUAACUCUUGGGAAUUCAGCUCUGAUGACCAAUCUGACGACCUAUUGCUCAAAGAUCUAAAUCCCUGCUUAACACCCUGCAAUGCCAAAUCAAGAUCCAGAGAAUUUGAAGGUAGGGGCUCUGGCUCUAUGCAUGAUGAAAGCUUAUCUGAGGAUGAUGCUAAAGUCUAUCCUGAGGUGGAUUUGAGCUCUUAUGAUCGGAAGUUCUCCAAAAGUUCUGACUGUUGCCAUAACUCCCGCCAAAGAAGCAUUACAACCAAAGCAGGUCGAAGGUCUGAUGAGAGCAAAUCAGCCUACGGAGUUUUGUCAAUUAUACCAUGUCUGUUUCAGAAAUUGAACAUCGUCUCUUAG